AGAGCAGCAGGACAGAGGACUCGCAGAGCCGGCGUCUUAUUUAACUGAUCACACACCAGGUUGUUGUUUAAUAGCGAAAGAGAAAACACGCUGAACCUGUUUCCUGCAGCGAGAUGGCACAGACUUCUGAGGAAUACGAGGACUUCUUGCGUGAGUGGUUGUGCAACAAGCCGGUGACGGCGAUACCAGGGAUCGGGCCUCUGCUGGGCAGUAGGCUGGAGGAACGGGGCUUCACCACGGCCGAGAAGGUUAUGGAACUUUUCGUGCAGUAUGGGAGAGACAUGGAGAGCUUCAAGCAGUGGCUGAUGUGCGUCAUCGGCUCCCCCCCCUACCAGGCCGAGAUCAGCGCUCGAGCCCUGUGGCAGUGGUGCAACAUCCAUCUCUGAGCCCCCCCUGCUGUGCUUCUGGGACCAGGGAUCUGGUCGUUUUUAUGAGAUGUUUGGAGGUUUUCUGAAAUAAAACGAGUUUCUGUG